CUCUGCAGCGUCCGUGUGGCGAAAGCCAAGCGCUUUUUCGGCUGCUGAGCUUCUGGUCCGGAACCGCGUAAAGACGGAGCUGGGGUGCUUCUUGUCUUCUCCCUGAGCCUUCGGAGUACCAGGCCGCGCUGCUGGGGGGGCGACCGCGCACAAAGUGUACUUCGCCACUCCUCAUUCCCUCUGCCCCAUCUCACGUUUGGGUGACCGCUAGGGUACACGGCCUGGGGUCUUUGAAAGACCUUUGUUCUCCCCUAAGAACGGCGUCCCCUAAAGUGGCCCAUCUUGGGAACCCCCAGAGUGGGCCGUGGUUGUGGCUAACUGCUUUCCCGGUUGUGUGCUCUGCAUAGAGUGGAAAGGGCUGAGAUUUGAAGCCAGAGGACUUUAGUUCUAGUCCCCAUGUUGCUCUUACGUGGCAGAUUUCCAAGAUCUCUAAGCCUUGAAAAAUUGUGAAAUGACCGUAGCUCUCCUGCAGGUGUUCCCCUCUGCAGGCUUCCGUAGUAUUUAUAGUCUUACAGCGGCCAAUCACCCUGUUUUGUGCCUUUCUUUAAGUCGCCUUGAAAGACUGGAAUCUCUCCCCAUCGUUCACAGGGUCUGUGACCUGGGUAGCAGGAAGCUUAAUUACGGCUGGCUGGUAUAACCUAAAUUUUCUGGAUUCUGGUGUGAGAGCUGCUUAUAGACCUUGCUGCUGUCACAAAGCUCUUGAGCAGUAAACAAUGAAACAACCUUAGAUUAGACAAAGGGUGGGCUCUUCUUGGUUACGUAAGUGUCGUUUUAGUUUGAUCCUUUUCUUUUGUUCUAGCAGGAAGCCUUACCAGUACAGAUAGCAAAGUUUAGGAUCAUCUAGGUCUAAAUAGCAAAGGAACACACAGCUCUGAUCCUUACCCAGUUAGAGUUACCACUUAACACUCAUGAGUUACUCUGCUUUGUGCUUUAUAGGUAAUACCACAUUUAAUCUUGUAAUAAUCCUAUAAAUUAGUAUUGUCAGAUGGGGAAACCAAAUCACCUGGUUAAGUAACUUGCCUGGUAACAAGGCCCAGGUUUCAGUUCAAGUCCUUUUGAUUUCGGAUACCUAACUAUCCUGUGAUUAAGUUUCCAUUUACCCUCUAAAUCAGAACAAUUUGCUUUUUUCACCUUUUGGGACAGUGGCCCUCAGUAGGAAUGACUUAAUGAGAGCUGUUGGCAUACAGUACAACCUCCUGAAGUACAUUUUCUCACCACAUACACCUCCCCCCCAUAACUUUAUUCUCUUUGCUCCUGUGGUACCAGGGCCUUUACAUUCAUUAACUCUGCUGUGAUAUACUUACUUCCAUAUACUCUUCUAGUAUGCUCAAAUCAUGCUAAUGAAAGCACGUGUGUGUGUAAGAAGUCUAAAUGAAAAACAGCUUUGAAGAAAGAUUCGGGAGGAGGGAGUUGAAGGGCUAGGAAGAGCAAAUAGGUAUCAGGUGGACAUUAGACCUCUGUGGAUGGGUAGAUCUCCUGUCCUCCUUUAAUUAGGGAAAUAGGCAGCAGCUCCCAUCAGAACCUGAAAUAAAUGGAGAAGCUUGGAAUGGACCUAAACUAACUUGAUCAGGAAAAAGAAGGGUGGAUGAAGGUGGAAGGCAAAACAAGGAGACAAAGCGCACUGGGGUUUGUGCUGUGCCUGGGUGCUGGGUGAGCAGAUGGAACGCUUUGUCCGCGUUCCCUGUGGCUUGUACCAGGGCUAUGGGAAUACGAUGCCUUUGGGCCAGCCAGGACUCUAUGAACACAAACAGCCUGACUGGAGGCGAAACACUGGUCCCCCCACUUUCCUGGCCAGGCCUGGGUUGCUGGUGCCCGCAAAUGCCUCUGACUACUGUAUGGACCCUUACAAGAGGGCGCAGCUUAAGGCCAUUCUCUCCCAGAUGAACCCCAGCCUGAGCCUGCGGCUUUGCAAGGCCAACACCAAGGAGGUGGGGGUGCAGGUGAGUCCGCGGGUGGACAAGUCCGUGCAGUGCUCGCUGGGUUCUCGCACCUUGCGCAGCCGCUCCCCUUGGAGCGGCUCAGGUCACAAGGUACCCCUGCCGGCCUGGGGAGUCUAUUCACCAGUGAUAGGUCGCAGGGGCUUGAUCCAGCCGCGAAAGGAGGGGGAAGACCAGGAGAGGAAGGCACUUUUGGGUCCUGCGGAGGCCAGCCAGCAGCAGCAGCAGCAGCAGUCACCACCAAUGCCAAGGUCUGAAGAGGACAAACAGGAGGAGCCUUGCCAGCAUGGGUUGGGGGAGGAAGGUACCCCAAACCCUCAGGAAGGGAAGAGCAAGCAGACACAGGGAGUCGGUGGAGCAGAUCUGCUCCGGAAACCCAACUUCCAGUUUUUGGAACCAAAAUAUGGCUAUUUUCACUGUAAAGAUUGUAAGACCAGAUGGGAGAGUGCUUAUGUGUGGUGCAUUUCUGGAACUAAUAAGGUUUAUUUCAAACAACUGUGUUGCAAAUGCCAAAAGAGUUUUAACCCUUACCGAGUAGAAGCAAUCCAAUGUCAGAGAGAGCUGGUUGAAAGUCACUAUCGUAGCCAUGUCCACUUACAGCGAGGUUACAGAUAGGCCCUCUCUGGAGCAGGAACUGUGAGUGCCAGCCAUGGACCCUAGAUGAAUGGUGCCCCUUGCGGUUGUCACUGUGGCAACCCCCAUGCACAUCUGUAAAUGUAUGUCAAAGGCAAAGAUCUUCUAACCAGAAAUAAAAUCCAUGGUCAAUAUGUAUUUUGUCUUUUUUUUUUUUUUUUUAAGUCUAAAGGAAGUUCUGAAUAGAAGAUCAACCAAGAUUACAUCACAAAAACUUUAAAUGUAUUUACAGAGUGAAUAAGUUACAUAGAUAAACUUUGAAUAUGUUUCUGAUGUGCAACUGGUUUACAUGCACACGUCUAACACUUGACAGCAUUAAGUUUAAGGAGAAAACUGAAGAAUGGCCCUUUACAUAUAUGUUACAAAUAAAACAUGACAUCUCUUAAGUAACAAAGUGACAACUCAUAGUUUAUCUUUAUGAUUCUACUUCUGGCUAUCCAAAUGGAUAUUAAAAUAUGCAUGCGUGACCGGUGAAAAGACUUGGAAUUUGUAAUGUGAAUUUAACUUUUUUCUACAAAAUGGCAAAGUUGGUUAAAAUUAACACUCAUCCUUUUGUAGUAUAAAUAUGCUCAUAUAAGCAACCUUCUAGUAAAAAGCAGCCAAGACCUUUACAAAAAGGUCUGUCUGGACCAUAUUUGGUGCUAGGGUCCUAAUCACAGACUCCUGCAAAGAGAUCCAGGGCUUUCAGAAACAGUAGCCUAGCAACAUAAGAAAGGUACUUCAUAGCAGCUCCUUUUAGAUACAGUAAUUGUAUUCAAAUUACAGUGUAUAUUAAAUUGUCCAUUUACAAUUCCCUCUUCACAUACACAGGCUGUCAGCUUUUGACCGUCUUACAAUUUUCAGUGGCCAGCUUCAUUCUGCCUGUCCCUUCCUCAGCCCACCAAAAAAAGAAAAAAAGGAAAAAAAGAAAAAAGAAUGUACAAGUUUUAGAAUAUAAAACAUUUUUUAGUGAAGAAAACAUUGCACUUUUGCCAAUCUAAAACUGUUUCUAGAAAGGAAGGUAUUAUUCAGUGUAGUCGGCUUUGGUAUGCAAUGGAAGUCACUUUCUUCAGUAGUGAGUUGCAUCUGCUCAGUGAAAUGAUAACACCUUUGUGCCACACAGCAUGAUGGAUGGAGUCUGUCCCAGAAUGUUCUAUGCUACCUUGGUUCUUAUAGUAUUGCUACACGUUGGAAGUUCUGUUGUCCUGUUUAGAAAAAGUCCUACAGGUAACAAGAGGGAGAACAGUCUGACCAAGCCUUCUGAAGGCUGAAAAGACACUGAAUGACGUCACCCCAGCAUGACAGCACCCCCAGCUUGGAACGCAUGGGGGAUGGGAGGCUCCUGUCAGAGACUAGUGCCAGAAACACUGGAGUCUGGAAGAAAAGCAGUGAGGACUCGGUAACUCUGGGCCCUGCGAAUCAUGUCCCGGAUCUCCAUGUUCAGCUCCAUCAGCUUGGUGCAGAUUUCGGUCAGGCUCUGAUUAGACCCUACCAAUGCGUAAGUACCCGUUUGUCCCAGAGUUUGAUGACGGAAAUAAAUAUUCAGUAGUGUCUGGACCUCAUCAUCAGAACUGCUUCCAAAGAUGUCAUUGGGCCACAGACUUCUGCAAUUAAAAAACAGCACAGAUUAGAGGCACUAUUGAUCACAAAGUUGGGAGGUUAUUAGCCUCGGUAAUAUAAGAAUAUUACUUAAAAACACUAGCUUUGAGAUAUAACUCACAUGCUAUACAAUUCAACCAUCUAAAGCAUACAACUCAAUGGCUUUUAGUAUAUUCAGAGUUUUGCAAACAUCACCAUAACCAACUGUAGAAUGUUACUGGUUUUGAUGAAAAUAUCUAAAGCUUCUAACUAUCAGAAUGGAAUUUGAUUUGCUAUAACAUUCUGAUUCUGACGAAUGUGAAGAUAGUAUCAAAAUGUAAGGGGACAAGGAUACAUUCAGAUAAUAGUUCUCAAAGUAUACUCCAACAUAAUCUGAAGUGUUUCAACAUUUUUAGGGAUGACCAAAAGGCGAAAAAUAACGCCUAGACUUUAGACACACAAGUUCUAAAAUCUGAUAUUUCUGGUGUGGUAAUAGCUGAGAAGGAUGUGUAUAAAAUAUCUGGAUGUCCCUUCUGUAGUGAUUCAGUCCCCCACCAUGACAAAGUAACUAUUAGGCAAGGAUUUCCUUUAACCGUUUCUAAAAGCAAUAGUAGAGUUACCUGCAUUCCCUGAUUUGCCGUAAAGCCUUGCCAAGUUCAUUGUUCUUCAGGCACUCCAGCAUGGACUGGAUGGCCGCUUCGGUGGAUGUGAAGGUUGGCUCAGACCAUGCACCCUCUAUAUAGAGAGGGUCAGCUGCAAUGGCCGCAGUGGCCUCCUUCAGGUUUUUCUUUAAGUCACUCAGUUCCCUGGACAUAUUUAGCAGCUGUUAAAAAAAAGUUAUUUUUGUAUUUAGUUGCAAGCUGGAUUUUGCAUCCCUUAGAGAAGAAAUCUUUAUCGUAUUAAGGUCUGGUUAAGCACAAGCUUAAUAUCUUGGUAAGCUAAAACAGGACAAAUAAAAUUACUACAUGGGAUGUGUAAGGGGUUGGAUGCAUUGGAUAACUUUAUGUAUCAAUCACUGGGAUACUCUCCUUAGAUGAGGGGCUAACAUUUCCUUUAACAUGUUUUCUAUUUAAGUAGAUGGACAAACCCGGAGUUAAAAUGCGUAAGACACUAGGCUUGGGUGGAGCUGGGUUCAAAUGCCAAUUCUACACUGCACUGUGGGACUGUAGUCAAGUACAUAGACUUAUAUGUGCUUCAGUUUUCUCAUUUGUAAGACCGAAGACAUUACCUGCCUCACAGGUAACUUUAAAGAUGAGACGAUGUAUAUAAAAUGCUUAGUAUUAAGCAUUUAUGUGCCAAAUAAAUGUAAUCAUAAACAUG